CAGUGCUGCGAAUCCCAUUUUCAUUUUGGAGGGCUUCAGGGAGGAGCACCCGACAACCCCCCGAGCACAGUACAAAUCCGUUUCUUCGCCCGUCAGUCUUCGUUAUCAACUGUUUCAACCAGUGUGCGGUUUAUUGUCCGUGACUCGCAGUGACUUUUUGGCGUGUUUUUAAUUUACCUGUGACUGUCCAAUAUAACGGGGGUCUUGGAACUGUCACUGGGUAUCUUAGGAGGAAUUUCUGGUCUGUCAUGCGAUGGAGGCUCGGAUUUUUACCUUGUACUUAUUAACCAUCGCCUGCCUGCUCCAAGUAUCUCUGCAGGGACAGCACCAGCGCAAAUUGUACAAGGAUCUGAUGCGGAACUACAACCCGCUGGAGCGUCCUGUUUUCAAUGACUCCCAUUCACUCACUGUCCACUUCAGCUUCAGCCUCAUGCAGAUCAUGGAUGUGGACGAGAAGAACCAGGUCCUGACGACCAACAUGUGGUUGCAGCUGUAUUGGUAUGACUACUACCUGCAGUGGAACACCACAGACUACCCUGGAGUGACCAAUGUCCGGUUCCCUGACAACCAGAUCUGGAGGCCUGAUAUUCUGCUCUACAACAGCGCUGAUGAGAGGUUUGAUGCUACGUUCCACACCAACGUCCUUGUCAACUACACAGGCUACUGCCAGUACCUGCCUCCAGGAAUCUUCAAGAGCACGUGCUACAUCGACGUGCGCUGGUUCCCCUUUGAUGUCCAGCGUUGUGACCUGAAGUUUGGUUCAUGGACAUAUGGGGGCUGGUCUUUGGAUCUGCAGAUGAAAGAGGUAGACAUGACUGGAUACAUCGCCAAUGGAGAGUGGGACCUUGUGGAGGUCCCUGGGCGGAGAAACGAGCGCUUCUACGACUGCUGCAAGGAGCCGUAUCCUGACGUGACCUUCACGGUGGUGAUGCGCCGGCGAACCCUCUACUACGGCCUCAACCUGCUCAUCCCCUGCGUCCUCAUCUCCACCCUGGCCCUGCUCGUCUUCCUGCUGCCCGCCGACUCCGGGGAGAAGAUCUCACUCGGUAUUACUGUCCUGCUUUCACUGACCGUCUUCAUGCUCCUGGUCGCUGAGAUCAUGCCAGCCACGUCCGACUCUGUUCCUCUCAUAGCCCAGUACUUUGCCACCACCAUGGUGAUUGUAGGCCUGUCUGUCAUCGCCACCGUCCUGGUCCUUCAGUACCACCACCACGACCCGGAUGGAGCUAAAAUGCCAAAGUGGACACGAGUAGUGCUCCUGAACUGGUGUGCCUGGUUCCUGCGCAUGAAGCGGCCCGGCGAGGAGCGUGUGCGUCUGGCCUGCCACAACAAGCAUCGGCGCAACAGUCUCUCCAGCGUGGAGCUCAGCAUGAGCCAGGGUACGCUCCAGCCCACCAAUGGCAACAUGCUCUACAUUGGCUUCCGGGGCAUGGAGGGCAUGCACUACACCACUACCCCCGACUCAGGCGUAAUCUGCUCCAGGCUGGUGGGGCCGGGAGAAGACGAGGUCCUGCUACCCGGGGCCGGGGUGUCCAACUUGGGAAGCUCGGCAGGCGGCACAGGGGUGGGGAUGGGAAUAGGGAGCCAUGCGGAGACAGACUUGACCAAAAUUCUGGAAGAGGUACGCUACAUUGCUGAGCGCUUCCGAGGCCAGGACGAGAACGAGUCGCUGUGCAACGAGUGGAAGUUUGCGGCGUCCGUGAUUGACCGGCUGUGCCUGAUGGCGUUCUCCGUGUUCACCAUCCUCUGCACCAUUGGCAUCCUUAUGUCAGCGCCCAACUUUGUGGAAGCCAUCUCUAAAGACUUCUUCACCUGAUCAGGCUGUUUAUGUUGGCGGGGGGGGGGGCACACUCACAAUAGAGCAAAUACAUACAUAGGCACACAAUCAUGUAUUGAAGACUGUUAAUGUCCCAAACACAGUUUAUAAACAUUACCUAUGCCCCUCUUAGUAUUAUCACAUUUUCAACAAUGUUAUUUAGUGUGGCUAUUAGGACUAUGGUUAUUAGAAUUCAUAGCAAUACAAAUGUUUUCGUCAUAGUAUGUGGUGUUAAUCUGUGGUAAAUGGAGGUCUUUAUCGACAAUGUCUGCAUACUAAGCAACGCAUGAGCUCUCUUCCAGAAUGCUCCAUUAAUGAGUUAGCGAGCUACUGUUACUGUUCUAAAUAUUCUGAAAUGAAUCCGUAUUUUGGGCAACAUAAUACACUUGAAAUUGAAGUGAUAUAAAUGGUUCAACAGAAAAAAUGAUUCAAAAAUUUAAAAAGCAUAUUUAAGAUGCAUCUUCUUAAUUCAAGAUCUUUCUAUAUUUGUUAAUCAAAGUUAACUGAAUAAAUCAAUGUCCUUGCUUUCUGCAAUACCCCAAUUAAGUAUGUGUUAGUAGAAUUUUAUUGAGAUUACAGCAGAAAGAAUACAGCAGUCGUGUUCCAAAUGGUGUUGGCAUUUUUAUCUUUAUUCAUGUACACUACAUGUAAAAUGGAAAGGGUCAUUUCAAAUGUUGUUUUCAAAUGUACCUUCUGAAGAAAAACUCAUUGAAAUACUUCACAGAAAGUUUCCUUGAGUGAAUUUAACACACAGCUUGCUCCAAUUGCAAAAUGUUUUUUUCUUGCUGUAUUAGAGGUCCAAUGCCUAUACUGGACCUGCCAUGUCAAUAGUAACUGAAGGUAGAAUACCUGAGCUAACAAUUAGGAGUAGGGUGUUUCAUGUAAUAUAUUGUAACAUUGCAGUAUGGAUUUGUGAAUUUUGUGCUUUUUUUAAAAUUAAUUUUUACUUUGUCACUGACUAAUUUUACAUGCAUUGAAGCUGUAUCAUUUGACUUAGUGUUUGGGCAAAAAUCUUACAAUGGGGAAGUUAAGGAUCUUAUAAAAGAGCUAAGAUGUCACCACAGACCCACUGGCAAGGUUUAGAGGUGUAUUCCUUACAAACCAGACAUGACUAAACAUGGUAAGAUUUACCUACAUUAGUGUUAUACAAACUCUUUAAAAGAAAAAUCCUAAUCUCUGUAUCAAAAGUAGAGGCUAGAUGGAAAUUAAAGGUUAAAAGUAGGGGCUAGAUGGAACCUUUUUAUUUACUUAGUGAAUACAAUUUUGAAAUGUUUCAUGUUUCAUAAAAAAAAAUAUGUUCAAUUAAAAAAAUGUAAAAUUGACCUGGCCAAGAUACUCAUACAUACACAACAGUAAAAAAAACACAUGCAAACAUAAAACACAAAGUGCUUCAAUUGAAAAUGUUAAGUUAUAUGAAAGGCAAGAGAUGAAUUGGAGAGGUGUGGCGCAUUAAGGAGUCCAAACAGCGACAACCCACCACUUCACUGUCCAUCAUAGUUUUAAUGUUGAAAUCAUGCAGAGACAGACUCCUACAAUUUCCUGGCAUGUUGCGGGUUAGUUCCAUGUGGUAGGGACAGAGAACUGGAACGCCUUUUUACUGUACAUGCCUUAGGCACAUUCACAUCGUAGACAGUGUAGGUGCACAGGUAAAACAAGAGCUUUCUCUGAUUGAAUAAAUACACCCCAGGUGGCACAUCCAUCUGUUUCGGAAGGGUUUCAUACUUUCUGAAUAUCACUCAGGUUUAGGUUUCCAUGGUCCUCUCCUAUUUCUCUGUCUGUAAAAGCAAUAUGGGAGCCUACUGCUCUGCCUGUUCACUGUUGCCCUUGAACCUUUGUCUUUUAUGUGCACUCAUGCCAAGCUCAAAUGUAGAUUCAUGCACACAAAUAAAUGUAUU